AUGGCCGCUACUAAGCUUCAGGUUUGCGCCCGUGGCGCUGAUGGUGGUGAUGGUGGCGAGUCGGCAGCCGGCCGCCAACGGGGUCGUGACAUGUGGCCUGGUGGCGUCCAGCGUGGCACCGUGCUUAAAUUACAUCACGGGAAGGGCCCCCUAGUGGCAACCUGCUGCGGCGGAGUUAGGUCCCUUAAUGGUGCCGCGAGCUCCACUCCGGCAAGGCGAGAGGAUUGA